GUCAAAAAUGAAUUUUGAAAUCGGUUAGAACGUCUAUAAUGCGAAACGAAGUUCCGAGAAAGCAGGCUGGUUAGGAUUUCCUGUCAGUUUGCGAGUAUCGAUGCACGUUAAAGCGCAUCGUCGAACGCUGCCUGCAACCGAGAAGGAAAAGGAAAAGGGCCUUCUCGGAGAUGGUUUUCAUUUAAGGAUUCAGUCGCGGUUAGAAGGACGUUUCCGGCGGCCGGAAGUCGAUCCGGAGGAAGUGACGCCUCCGCGUCUUGCAUAGCUAAUGACGGGGCACCGUGGACCCCUGACAAUAGCCGAGACACAACAGCGUCGCUUCGUUUCAAGACCUAUCGUCUUGACAUUGUUUUAAGAUGUGUACGAUGCACCGUACAUGGAAUACUAAUUACACCUGUCGAUUUUGUCAGAAACGUUGAAACGUUCCUUCGAUAGGUACGUCUACCAUCGAUAUCAUAUCAAUUGAAUACAGUAAUUUUCAUCAAAAUUUAAGUUUGAAAUCGAUAUGCGAUGCGUGCCGUGGCAAACUUUCUGUGUCUCUAAAUCGAUCGUUUGAAUAUAUAAUUUAAUUUCCGAGUGAUCGAUGGUCACAAUGACUCCGGUAUCGAUGAACCAAUGGUUCAGGAUAAAAAUAAUUACGAAAUAGCGGUCACGGAAAUGAAAAGUCGCUCGUCGGGGGUAUUAACAAUCGGUACACGCGUAUCUCUGGACAGGAAUCGUCGAGCGUCCUUUCCGAUCGAGACGUCGGCCACGUAACAGAAACAUUAGCAAUUUGACGCCUCGUAAUCGCUUCCGGUCUUUAAGGUAGAACAGAGGCACGUGACACGUCCAAGAUAGCAACGUAACGAUCGAUAUCUUACGUCGAACAGAUGGCGAGGAAUAAUAAGAAUAAUGAACGGCCGGUGACGAUGCACCUGAGGAUGAUGUACGCGAAGAAAUGUUCCCUCGUGCCGGUGGACGUUCACCGGCGAACAUUAGCAGAAAUUAUCGAGAAACAAAAGUCAUCGGAUAUAAUAGAUUUCGUCCGGCGGGAAAUAAAGAGAGAGAGGGGAGAGAACGACGAAAAAACCUUCGACAAAGCUAUCACUCCCGGAUGUGUAUUAAAACGAAAUCAUCGUUUCAUUAAAAACGAUCAUUAGACACGGAACUCUGACGCGAUUCGAAACCCUGCUAUCUGCUAGGUUGGAUAAUAUGUUGUACAAAUUUCUUUAAUAAUGGACGAAUGAUUUCAACCCCUUCUUCGUUGCAAAUCAAAUUUGUCGAAUAAAAUUAUUUUGUUUGAGUUUCUGUAUUAUGUUACGCAAUUCGGUGUGCGAAUGAAAGCAAAGGGUUAAUGUUUCCAUUGAACAUUGUAUAGAAUUGAAAAAUUCCUACAUAAUAAACACGGGAAUUAAUCGAGCGUACAGCGAAGAUUUUAUUCGAGGAUAAAGCGAAGACGCCGUGAACGACAAUGAAGCAAUUGUACAACGAACUUCUUUGCCGUUUUAUUAUCCAGCCGAUGUAAUGGGCAGCAUCAGUCUGUUCGUGCUAGCGAGGCGAUGUCAAUGACUCGAACGGAGGAGCCUUGACCGCAAACUUCUCUCACCUCUUGAGAGAUCCUGUACAAAUUACCCUUAACCGAGUGGCUCGUCCCGGACUCGCUCCGUGAGAUUUUCAAAGGGGCCGCCUCGCAUCGUGCCGGUGGAUCGCCGAAAAAAAAAGAAAAAAAAAACAGAAAAAAUGGUGAAUUACUUGGACGCUCGUUGGAUUACGAUUAACGAGCAUCGAUUCGCGCGCGAUUUAUCGUCAUAAUUUCAUCGAUCGUAAAUCACGUUUGAAGCCGCGUCCGUGGCGUACAUCUCGUUGUCAUUUUCAUUCUCGUUCGUUCGUUACAAUUUCUUCUAGCAUCGAAACCCACUGAACAAAAGCUACUGAACCGCAUUACCGAUGCGGCAGAAUGCAGUUUGCGAUCGCGGAUUACAUCGAAAGUGGUUGUACGCGUUCUCUUUCGUUUCGCUCCCCACGAUCGGCGAUUAUCCUUCCGCAAAAGGAUGCGAAUCGAAGGAAUCCUUGAGCGAUCCUACAUUUUUCUUUCCUGUUGAUUCAAGAGAAAUUUUACAGUUUGUAAUUUGACGUAAGCGUUAUUUACGCAUUAGCGAUUUGCAAACACGAGUAUCAUGGAUCCUAUGUAAAGGUUGAUUCAAACCCGUUAUGCAUAAUUUUUACCAGUUUAUCGGCCGGCUAUUCCGGUCUCGUUUAUCUACCGGUUUCCGAUCGAGGAAUUACGUAGUUCCUAAAGAAACACGGCCAAAAGUCACGGCUAUUCGAGAAACGUGCAAAACAGCCACGACGAAGCGCGAGGAGGAAGAAAAAUUCGCGAAUCGCUGUUGCAAUCGUAAAGCGAAAAUCCUUGGGCACCUUGGGAACACGCUCGUCUUCCACGUAUCACGCAUUUCUUCCGUGAACUUUACUACCAACCGGGGCCCGUCCAUCCUCUAUCUUUGUUUCAUCUCUUCUCGCCUCGCGGGCAUUUUCUUCGAGGUUAUCCCAGGGUUCGAUCGUGUAACCGCUCUGUGAACUCCUUUUUCCCUUGCUUCUUCUGCCCGCCCCUACUUCUCGGCUCCCGGUAAGAAAUCUAUUUCCUGCGCCGUUCAAACACCACCGUAACUCGCUUUCAUUGCCAUCUAACACGCUAUGAAAUUGUCUACGCAAUCGUGUUGCGUACAGUUUCUUCAGAAACGAAAAUGCACAUCAUUUUUGACAUGAGCGUGGAAAUUGGUAUGACUAUUAGCGGAGGAAAUACACUCCUCUCGAGGAAUUCCAUCGUGGCUAAGAACGAUGCAAUGGAGAAUUUCCUUGGAACGCAAAGUGGUGCACAGUUAACACGGGUAUCCGGCGGAGGAGCGUUAAAUUUGUCGCGAUAUAUCGUCUUUAAAACGUGCAAAUUACCCCGGUGCACCUUCUCGUAGCUGCCGGUCCGCUUAUCUGAAAUGUUCCUCGCGGUCGUAUCGCGAGCCGCUUUAAAGAGCUGCUCCAUACGUCGUUGGACAACGAAAGAGAAACACGGCAACAGGAGCGUUCGAGUAUCUUUAUAGCGUCAACCCGAUGCGAUACCCGAAGGGCCCGAACAGAGUUGACGUUGCUUUCAGGAUGCUGGGCCCUCGCCGCAGCGAAGGGUUAACACCGGAGCGCAUUAGAAUACUCGUGACCGGUCCCCGAUUUGCAUUCCUUCGCGAAACCAAGGCCUCUCGGAGUUCCCUUUUCUUUUCUUUCCCUUUCUUCUUUUCUUUUUUUUUUUUUAUUUCCUCCUUCGCCACGAUCGCAGGCGAACAGGGAGAGCUAAUUCAUUCGUUGCCACUUCUUCUGUACCUUGACCGAUCGUUUCUUCGAAGCUGAGGCCCGGCAAAAGAGCAGCCCUUACGCGGCGCGCAGUCCCUUACGAACGAAACGAGGAAUGCCCGUGGAGAUUUUUGCUAUAACGCGAUUCGUUUCGCAACGAACGCGUCCACAAAUCUCGUAAAAUUCGCGUUUCACGGCGCACAGUCGGCUGACAGAAAUAGAAACAGCCGACAGAAUGGAUUGAGCGAGGGAAAAAUAAGUGUAAAUUCGACAAAUAUCGCUUGGACGUAAUCGGUGUCUUGUGUUAGCUGUUGACGCGCGCAAAAAACGAGGCAGGAUAAAAAGAAUAAAAAGGAUUAUUAACGGUAGUUGUUAAUUCGAACACGUCAACUUCAAGGACGGGCAACCAGGAAAUUACUAAGCUGGACUAGCAGCUCCGUCCGUGAAGGAACAAAAAGCGAUUUCAUGCCGUUCUGAAACGCGUACCUUCACCCAGGACGAAAUUACAAGAUCUCUGUAACUGCUCGAUCGAAUAUUUUUCAUCGAACCGGCGCAAAACAUUCAUUGGCCACACUCCUGGAACCGGUCCAAUAAAUUCCGAGAUUUAAUUUCGCGAUUUCGUUAGUGAAACGAAUGUCCCUGCACCAGCUGCGAAUAGAUUUCGCGCCUAUCCGAAACGAGAUUUAAUUUAGAGAGCCGACCGAACCGUGAACGGUGGAAUCCUUCUAGGUAAAUCCACGCGGUACCAAGAAACUAUAUAAUACAACCGAGGCAACGAGGAAUUUAGCUUCGAAAUAGGAUGAAAAAGAAAUUAAAGGCUCCUAAUGAAGCUGAUCUUUGAUGGUUGUUCCACGAUGGACCAAAUUGAUAGUUUCCGAUACUUGGAACCGACUUCGAUUCGUUAAAAAACGAAAGAUAUUCAAUCAAAUAAAUGAAUAAUUAAAAAUCCCAAUGACGGAUCUUCUUAUCGAGUUCAGCCACGUCGAAAAUAUGUAAUCUUCUCCUGAAUAUUCGACGCCUCUAGACGUUCCCCACUCUCGUUAGCGUAGAUCACUCGAUCAUAGUCGAGGAAUAUAAAUGAGUUCCUUGUAAUGACGAAGGAAUUCACGCCUCCGUUGUGAAUCCUUGAUGAGCUUAUAAAUCCUAACGACGCGUCUAAUUGAUUGAAACCGGAUGCGAAGGAGACCCAACACAGUUCCAAUCAAAACAUUCGGUUCUCCAUGAAAAUUUCUCGUAAGUCUGGCGAAACGAUGCAGGUUGGCUCGGUGUUACGUUAAAACGAUGGGUCAGGCCUCGUUUCGAAAGCGUGUAACCGCAAGCAGAAGCGGAGAGGUUCACGGUUUCAGGUUCUAGGUCACUCCGUGGAGGCCAAGGCACGUAACAGCGGCAAGAACAGGGGGCUCAAGUAAAACGGUGGGCAGCACGAGGUGCAUUUAAUGACGGUGCACAGUCGACGGCUAUUAUUAUCAUCCAUUUCUGCAUUCUAGCGGCGAUCGGAUGUCGGUACGCGUUGGGAAGGUAGAAAGGUUGCACAGGAUACGCGAACGGUUCCGACACCUCUCAUGAUUUAAAGAAUGCACCGGGAUUACGUGUCUACCGCGAUGGACCUGGUCUUUUCCUACGGUGAACCACGGGACCGUAUAAUCGCAUUAAGUCGCCGAGGAACAUCACCGUCUAAAUAUGUACAAGCCAGCCGAGGAUAUACAUAACAAGGCGUGGGCACGUAAUCGAUGAGCCAAGAUAUCCUCGAUAACAGGCUCGAGUUCGCAAACCCUUUUUCCCCCCCGAUACUCGUCAAACUCGACGAACGAGUGUGCAACAAAUUUGUAUUUUAUUUUGAUCUCGCAUCCGGAAAAUUCACCAACACCUCGAUCGCACUUUAUCUAAAGUCUAAUGGCCUAGCAUCGAGGAAUAUUUUAAUGAAAAAGACAACAAGGAAGACAUCGCGCUGAGAGUAGAAAUAACAUUCCAAGAAAUUCUCAAGAUUUUAAGCUCUCGUGAGAAUGGUUUCGUAAAAAUUCUUCCACGAGCUAACUGAAUUAUAGACCCGAAGAGUGAAUCAGAAGAGAAGUGUGCAAGGUCGUUCGACCCUUUAGUACUACGAAGUCGUCCGACCACUUCUGCGUGCGUUUAAUUGGAUUCUCUAGGAAACGAACAGAAUCUUGGACGUCCUGCAAAUAAUUAACGUAUCAUAUUCUUUCCUAGGUAGCCUGAUGUCCUGUGCCUUGCAGAAGAACGCAACAAAUUAGAAUUCUCCACUCGUCGAUAGAGAGGAAGAGGAUAUCUAAGAAGACGACAGCUAGACAGAGCGAUAAAUAUCGAAAGAGAAGACAGGACGAUGAGGAUCACUGUCCUAGGAGUAUCAGAAUGGAAGAGAGUCGACGCAGUGGAAGCCUUCGGGGCCGGUGUGCCUCUUCAGAUCGUCUCGAACGUCGAGGCUGUUCGCGGGCUAAAACCGAGUCCGCUCCGUGCCCGAGGUACCAACGUACAAACCGAGGAACGAACGAGAAAGAAGACUUCUUCAAGUUGUGGAGAGAAAGAUGGAAGAAGCAGGGGCCUUACAUAGCGAUUGCUGGCAGGGCCUGAAAUAGACCUCGAGAAUCCCCCUGUAGCAUCCUCUCCUCCACCAGCACCUCCUUUUUAUCUUCCUCCUCCUCCGCUUCCUCCUCCACCACCUCCUCCUCUGACUCUUCUUCUUCUUCUUCUUCUUCUUCUUCGUCCGGCAACCAGCGUUGCCUGUAGCUCGAGGCGCCCUUUCUUUGCUUUUGUUUUCAGACAAAAGGACCAAGUGCCUCGACCAGGCUGUGAGAAGUUGUUUCUAGCGUCUCGUUCGUGCGAGGAGCGGCAAGAACGAAGGAAGAACGAGGACGCCGAAGAAGAAGAAGAAGAAGGUGGUGGAGUAUCGCUUGUUUAUCCAGGAUCGAGCUUCUGCUUUCGCUUCACCCACCGAUAUAUGGCCACGAACAGAGGGCCCCGUAGGCAUUGCCGGACCUAAGUGCACUUCCACUGCACUCCAACUGCAUUCCCAUGGCAAUGCGUCGCUGAGAAUCCGACCUGCUAAACUGACCUGCGCCAACGUUACCAGCAAAACGUGACCCACGCAACGAGCCAAGCCUCGAACAUACUAGAUUCGACCGCGUACGACCCAUCGAUCCUCCUCUUUUUGCUUCACCAAACGGAUAACUGAAGCUUGUUUGUUAACGAACCACGUCGUUGCAGUAAAUUCGAAGCCGUGACGAAGGGGGAACAGAGGGGGGUGGAAACGAAGCUUCCAUCGGUGAUUCCGGUUGGAAAGCAAGAGGACUUGGUCGCGGUAAAUUUGUAACGGAGACCGUGAACGAUAGAGCUAUCGCGAAUGAUUCACGGUUCAGUCCAGAGGGCCUGAUGUCGAUCUAAAAAGAAAAAAAUUCAACACUUAUGUAAAUCAUCCGUACAAUAUUAUACCUCCGUACUUGUAAAGAACCUUCAACCGUGGUACAUGGUAAUUAAAAGGUAAAGGUAGGAGGCGGUCGGUUGUGUACUCAGGGCAUCGACGUUUAUAACGUACCUCAAGGUCGUUGAAAUCAUCAAGAUGUACCCUGUUCUGCAUAAUCACCUAUAAUUCCUGCGACUGUCCGAUGUCGCUCGUAAUUAUUCAUCUCUAUUUCGCGAUCGAAACUUACGUCCAUUGCAAUUGCUGUUUAAUGAGGUAGCAGGAGAGUGGUUCGCAGAGCGAUACAGAAGGAAAUUGACCGCUGAAGAUCGGUAUCGAAAUCGGCGUGCAUUCGUGGCAGGGAAGAAACGAACGGGGAGGAGGAUCGCGGUGGGUCUCGAAUGUCACGCGAGCUCCUUUUUGCUGGACUGGUCGCACACCGCGUAACAGAAAUAACACGCGUAUGAUCAUUGAUCCAGCGUACGUUACAAGAUACCGAAUCGAUCGGUGCCGGGAUACGAACAAAGAGUACGAAGAAAGAGGAGGAUGAAGAAAAAGAAGGAUAUCUGCUUUGUGGGGUGCACGGUUGUCCGGGACCGGUUACACGUCGUAACCGAGGGCGAGUCCGGGAACGGUUGUUAGACGUAUUCCAGAAGCAGGUGAUCCCUUUGAACGAAAACACGCGACCAGAUAUGAAGACUACCUUGAAGAGUACACGAGGCUUUUUAUCCGCUUGGUCCCGCCAGAUGCUUUGGUAACUCGAAGCGAUUAGGGUGGAAGCGCGAAGGUUUCAACGGAAAAUCUUUGUAUCUAAACGAUCGCGAAACGAUUACUUGUUUCUCAACCAUCGGAGAUACCAGCACCCUUAACGGGGAGGGCCGUUCAAUGUCGGCGAGGAAAAAAUUAAGCACGGGAAGAAGAAGGAAUAAGAAUAGACGGCGCCAAAGGCUUAACAAGGGAACCGGUUCAUACCUCCUGCAAGAGUGUACACGACGUUCAUGAAGAUUCCAGCGUCACUUCGACCGCCUUGCAAUAUAUCGGACGCUCCUAUGAUCCUCGUAAUAUCCUGCUCGACUGCAACCGUGCGCCAAGUUUCUUCGAGUAAUUGGCAUCAGUAGUCGCGCUGACGAGUGUUAAGAGUUUAUCAUCGGCUCCUUCGACGAAGUAUACAGGGUGAUAACAAAGAUAGGAUUUGGAACUUUAAGGGUAGAUAAUAGAUACGUGUUUGUUGAACAAAAGAAGAAAUUUCUAACGAACUUGGAUCAAUUUUAAAAUGAUACACGGUCCUAUUUUCUUACUUCUAUCUUCUGCUCGGUACUAUCUACCCUCGAAUCUUUUUCCUCGACCACACCCCGUAUAUCGACGAGAAAAUAUUUGUAAUUGAUUCUGACGAGGUUGUUUAAGACCCUCGCUUUACAUCGAGCGACGACAGGUAGGACGUAGAUAACGUCGUUAAACGGUGAUGGGUUCGACGUCGUUUAAUCGAUCGAUCGCAGAGAUUUUGAGGGAUGGUAUGUUAUGGCGCGUUCCCAGGCACGCUCAGAAAUGAAGUCUACCUUGAGGUCGGUGUGUUUUUGCCGCCUCACCGUCGAUACGAUUCCAUUCAGCACGUUGAAGACCGUGAACAGACGGCGGAGCGAAAUUCCAUCGGCUCGCAACCGCCGAACAACGUAAAACAAACUAAAAGACGGUAGUAACGUUUAUUAAUAGCGUGGCACCGCCACUCCAAAUAGAUCCGAGAGCCGGAGUUCAGCGACAAACGAUCUCGCGAGUGCUGUCCGCCUGGAUAGACCUCUUCGUGCCUCUCGUUCUUCGUUCCAUCAAGCCGCGAGGAUCAUCGGGGCUCAUCUUCUCGGUCCGUGACCAAUAGAACGCGAACCGUGACACGCCAUUGAAUUUCAAUCUCAUCCCCAACCGAGUUAUCAGAGAAAAAUCAUUACCGGUCUACUCGUUCGUUUCUAUCGUAAAAUCCGCACGCGGCUCGGUUAAACAAGUAAAGAGACCUGCAGUCGUCAAUUUAAAACACUCGUUUGAUAGCCAUUUUAGUAUACAUAACUUUGAUCGUACAUUCGACAAUGACGAGUCAUCUGGAAAAGUGCAGUGAUGAGAUUUCUGGUUUCUGACGGUGCAAAACCAACUACGAUUUACUCUCCCAUGUUCGAGCGAUAGGGAAAGGUUGUUGGAAUCUUGAGAAAUUUUUAUAAGUGGAUCAGUUGAAAAAGUGUUUCAUUAGAGUACACCCGGUAUAAUCUCGUUGAUUUUUCAAAGAGCAUUGUCCGAUUCGAGCAAAGUCACCCAUGAAUCUCUCGGGUCGUUCAGCUCACCUUCUCAUGUCCGUCUGAAAAGUUCUUCUUCUUCAAGAGCAAAGUUCGAGGUUCAACGAACGCACCGCAUCAUCCUCGGGAACCCUCCGGCGACGACGGCGACGUCUAUUGUGGUACCUUUUUUGCGACCUUGUCACCUUGCAGGUUUUUUACACGGUCAAAUCGAUUACAUUUCGGAUCGGUUCGUAUCUCUCCCCCGAUGGACGACGUCUCUUUCUCUCUUUCUCCUUCUCCCUGUCCCACUCGUACACGCUCGUCCCUUAGCGAGCUCCGCUCGUCCUGCUCUAGGUUAGCCAGUGAAUCAUCUUCAACGACCCCCUCCUCUGGGAUCCGGGCAGAAGACUCUUAAGGGGGCCCACAGCGUAGCGCGAGGCCAGUCCGAGAACGCGACCCUAACACUAACAUCCGGUGUAUUCCGAGAGUCGGAAACGGAAACGACUGCUUGAUCGAUUAAUCCACGCCACGCCGAUUAAUCCACGUUACACGCAGGCACCAUGAAGAUCGCUAUGCUGCUGAUGCUCGUCGUCGCUUUCGCUUCAGCUCAACGGAUCACAACGAUUCAGCUGGACGGUGUACAGUACUUUGUGUCCCGGAUGAACCCAUACAGCCCAGAACUGAACUAUUUUCUGGCCUACCAAUAUUGUCGCUCUCUGGGCCUUCAACUGGCCUCUUUCGAGACGAAGGAAAAAGCUGACACGAUGACGCAAUAUUUGAAAAACGCCGGCUACGUGAAAUACGACUUUUGGACAUCGGGCAACAAAUUGGGCACGGACAUGUUCCUGUGGAUGAGCACGGGUCUCCCCUUCAACGCUACCUUCGAUUACAUGUUGAGGCGACCUGGCAACAGACCCGCUGAUGUUCCACCUGGUACUGAACCUCAACGAGUAGCGCGUGAAAGCGGCGACAGCGGCAGCGCGGACGGAUGCGUCGCGAUGGCUGCACCCACGUUAGCCUGGGAGGCACAGGACUGCACCCUCGUUAAGGACUUCAUCUGCGAGCAAACAAGAUGCUACUACUACAACUACGGCAGCAUUCCAGUCUCUGCGACUCAGGGAAAUCGCAGACCCUACAUAACAACCACCUCGGCGCCAGCCAGCGACGACCAGGUCGAAGACCACGAGGAAAGCGACAGCAGCAAGAACGACGAGAACGAGAACGAGAGUAUCGACAGCAUCGUCGACGAGAAGGCAACACCCGAGGAGGAGAGUUCCGUCGAGGAGAAAUUACCUGAAGACCCGGUCGUCAGCAGGCUGAUUACCACGGCCGUUCCCGCGUCUGACAAGCAACAACCACCGUCCACAUCUUCGCCGGUCGCCACCGAGGAAGAUCACGAGCAACCGACCAACGCUGAACUGGACAACGCCAGGCCAGAUCAUCUUCCGGACAUAACCAGCUUGUUCACCGACAGUCCUGGCCCACAGGCCAGAAAGGACAACGUGUUCGAGGGUCUACAGACGCGAGAGAUUCAUCGUUCCUCUUUACGCUCGUCCACCGACAUGAAGGUCGAACAUCGAGAGUCGCCUGAUUACGCGGAACCACAAGGUGAGACAGAGACCCCUAACAACGGUCUGGAGGACGCUCACACUGUCGGCCCGUACGACAGCGUUCAAGAUUACUACGCGAACGACCAACCGGAGGCGGCUGAAUCGUCGAUGAUGAAGGAUCAGGACGACGACAGCAGCACGAUCCUGCCAGAGGCGGAACCGGCCUACAGGUACAACAUUAAAGUGCGCACCAACGGCAAAGUAUUAGAUCCUCCGUCCAAGUAAACGCUUUACUCAUUAGGCUAUAUCGUCCCGCGUUAUUAUUCGUUGAUAAGUGAAGCAUGGGAGAUUCUCGAGGAACUAGAUGUAUUAUGUACGUUCACAUGUGUAUAUCGUGGAUAAUUAUCGGGCACACGCGAGUGUCGUCAUCUCUCAUUUGUUCGUUUUGAUUUCCAGCAACGAAUUCCCGCGGAUAAUCGUCGGAAUAAUCUUCGUCGUUCAAGAGCGACGGAAGGAGAGAAACUUCUUUGCUUUCGACAGCAUUGUACGACGACUAAACGAAAAGACGAUUUCAAUCGAUUAAUAGAUUAAGCUGAAACUGUUUGCUCAAAGAAACUGAAACGAAAGGGUAAAUUUAAGUGGACGGAUUCUCCUUCCGUCGCUGAAUUCCCGACGAUGACCGACGUCCUUUUAACUGGAGUAUUUGCAAAACUCGUUCAUUCGACUCGUUUCUUAAUCGCCCAUUCUGUGACGCUGGCAGACGUGUUGCAUCUGCGUUACUGAUCGAUUCUUCUUCUUUGAUGAUGUUUAAUUGAAACUUUGAGGCAAGUAGCUGGGUAGAUAGUAAUGCGAACGCGAGAACUCGUCUGCGUGGGAUCUCAGGCAUUAUGGUAGGAAACGGUUGUAGCUAUUAAAGCUGACCGAGGAUGAUGAUCGUUGUAGGGAGUUGGUAGUCUGCCAGCGCCACGAAUCUUCAUGCAUAUCGAUGUAAUCAUCUUAGGUAAUAUUAUCCCUACGUCUGCAAGAUGAAACGUUCUGCAAUCGAUCGACCUGACCCUCCUUCUCCUUUGCUUUCGAAUCGAAUGUUGGAAAGAGCCGAUCUUAACGCAUCCAGUGCCAUCUUCAAACUCCAGAAAAUCCUUCCAGUUGCUAAUUUUAACAUCGUUUCCAUCGAAAUAGCUGUCAUUCAGAUAUGGUACUCAGAAUGUUGAAUACGUUUUCGAUCGAUCUAUUGUCAACGUUUGCUGCAAAGUCGGAGAAUUUGGGCUCUCGAAGGAUAGCUAACGAAUCGACGUUAUUCAAGGAAGAAGCGUGAAUCGCAACGUUUCCGUCAUCCAGACGUAUGAUAAUGAAAAAAAAAUAAAAAGAAACGAUUCUUCUAUUGCUACGAUAAGUCAUUGACACAUGGAACUUUGAAUAUUAUUGCGUAAAACACGGCGCGAAUGUGCAACUUGUGUAAUUGAAUAUUAAUAAAGGUACGAAAUACAUUGUCA